UGUACAACUGCAAUCACCUCUCUCUCUCUCUCUCUCUCUCUCUCUCUUUUGCAAAGACAAUGGCAAUUAAGCACAUAGUCUCUCUCCUCCUUGUUUCACUUGCUAUUUUCUUCCAAGGAUCCGAAGUAUCGGCGCGCGACACAAUAUUCACCCUCAAAAACCUUUGUAGCGACACAAUUUGGCCCGGCACAUUAGCAGGAAACAAUGGUGCCGUCCUUGGCGGUGGUGGCUUCUCAUUGGCCCCCGGUGCAUCAAACCAGUUCCCAGCCCCAGCUGGUUGGUCGGGCCGGUUUUGGGGUCGAACAGGUUGCAAAUUCGACGGAUCGGGCAACGGAAAAUGCAGUACAGGUGACUGCGGCAACAAGCUCAAUUGCACCGGCAGCGGUGGCGUGCCGCCCGUCACCCUUGCGGAAUUCACGAUCGGCAGUGGGAGUAAUCACUUCAUGGAUUUCUAUGACGUAAGCCUGGUGGACGGGUACAAUGUGGGCAUAGGAAUACGUCCCUCGAAUGGCAACGGAGAUUGCAAGUAUGCUGGGUGCGUUGCUGACUUAAAUGCAAACUGCCCACCAGAACUAGAAGUGACCAGCGCAGGUUCUGGAGUCGCGUGCAAAAGCGCGUGCACGGCUUUUAAUACGCCAGAAUAUUGUUGCACCAGUGAUCACGCGACACCAGCUACGUGUCCACCGACACAAUACUCAAAGUUGUUCAAGCGGGCUUGCCCCGAUGCCUAUAGCUAUGCUUAUGAUGAUGAGACGAGUACUUUUACUUGUUCCGUUGCGAAUUAUUUGAUCACGUUUUGUCCAUCAGGGACGCAAUUGCUUCAAAUGGAAAAUACUGAGAAUCAUAUUCUCAGCAGUAUAAUUUCUAACUACAGGUUGCUCCUUCAAAAACUCAGAAGUGGAGUCAAGCUCCUUUUUCGGGGGGCGAUUAAUGCGCCGAUGCUCUAGCUAAUUUUUACCUACAGCAAGACUCUUUGUUAUGUUUUAAUUUUCCUCCAAGCGACCUUGUGCAGCAUUUGUUUGACGAUUCGGCGGGGAAGAAAUUCCCUAGGACUAUGUAUCCAAUUUAAGUUGGUUUUAUGAAGUACCCUUUUAACCAAAAA